AAGCGGAAGUUGUAUUAGAAACACUUCCGCUAACAUAACUGUUGCCCCGAUAUGUGCCGAUAAUCCGGCUCCUACCGCUCGGGGAGUCGCCAGGAUGACUACGAGGAGGACUUAACGGACACCGGGAGACCCACGGAGCCCGGGGAAGGUUCCACAGGGGAUUGAACCCACAACCUGUAAGAGGCAGCAACGCUCCCCGCUGCCCUACAGGGCCACAUGAGUCCCUUCUACAGGCCUUUCCAUAUAACAACCCUUUCAAAACUGCAGUCUUUGAGAUGCUCUCCUGUCCGCUGACGGAGACAAAUGGCGGGGGGCGUGGCCUGGCAGCAGAAGCCCCGCCCCCUGGUUCCCCGCUGGCUGAUGCAGCUCCUGCAGGAGGUCCCUCUCCUCCACUUCCUCCAUCUCCUCCCCCCCCAUCUGCCCCCUGCUGUUCCUGUGCUUCGCUUCUGCCCCGCCUCCUGGCGGCUCACCGGAUGGAGGUGCGGCACCUCCUGCGAGGAGCUUUGGCGUCCCUCGGCCGCCGUCUGGACUCUCUGGAGAGGAGGAGCAGGAGGAGCAGGAGGAGCAGGAGACGGAAGAAGCAGAAGCAGAGAGAUGAAGGAGGUUCUCCCGCCGUCAUCUGCAGCUCCGCCUCCUCCACAUCUGUACCUUUUCCACGUGUCAUCACCACCUCCUCUUCAUCAUCACCCUCCUCUUCAUCAGACUUCGACAACCUGCCUCCUUCCUGCAGCUUCAGCCAAUCGGGCCAGAGUAGGAGGAGCAGUGAGGAGGAGGAGGUGAGGAGAAGAAGUAGGAGGAGGAGAAGCGACCGAUGCUUCAUUCUUCCAGGGAAUGAGGGUGAAAAUGAGGAGGAGAGGUUUGUGGGUCAGAUGGCGGUCUCCUUCAGAGAAGGAGCAGCUAAGGAGGAGCCACCUCUCAUCCUGCAUGACUUCAACCAGAGGAAACGCAGAAGAAGAGAGGAUGGAGCCAGCCAAUCAGAGACAGGACGUCAGUGUGCUGGUCAGGAAGAAUGGUUACAGCUCCUACUUCCAGCAUGCAGUAGUUCCUGUCCAGUCAGCUGCCAUUGGUCAGACCUGCAACCAAUCAGAAGCCCCCGCUCUCUCCUUUGGACAGUGGACAUUUUCUGAUGUCAUCACUCGCCUGUCCCACAAUCAAACUGGCUUUGACUCCUGGCUCCAAAACACCACCUCUGUGCUUCACCUGUCCGCUGCUGCCAUGGCGACGGUGUUGGACUGGGUGAAGGGCGGGGCCUGUUGGAGUCCUCUGCGGCCCCUGAAGGACUGGACGGCCCCGCCAAGUCUGGACAGUGACCACUGUUACAUAAGAAGACGGACAACAAGCUCUGCAGGUUCUGGCCUCCAUCAGCGCACACAGCAAGCCAAUCACAGUGCCUGGGGCCCGCGGCUGUCCCGCCCACGAGCCUCGGCCCCGCCCCUAUGUUCAGCCAAUGGGCUGUCUGCUGCACUCCCUGCGGACCAAUCAGCAGCGCUCUCAGAGUUUCACAGUGCAAAAGUGAAGCCCAGUAAACGAGUGUCGCAGAUCAGAAUACGACGGGCGACGCCACGCGAGACGCCUCUCACACCUAUGGGACUGCCCAAAGUUAAACGGUUAAAGAAGAAAGAAUUCAGUCUGGAGGAGAUCUACACCAACAAGAACUACGAGUCCCCUCCCAACAUCAGGAGCCUUGAAACGAUCUUUGAGGAGCCUCGGGAGAAGGAUGGAGCUUUGCUCCUGAUUGGCCAACAGAAGCGGCGCCGGCUCCUCCUCUUCCCUGACUUCACUCAGCCCAGGAAGAGAAAGAAGCCCCAAGGUGUGGGACUUCCUGUUUCCUUGGUGCCCAGAAAACGAGCGGCAGUGCGGCGACACAUCCAUGGCGGCGCAUCGGAGGACGGCGGUGACCUGGACGUGAUGCUGGUGGAGCGACUGAGCGAGCUCGAACACUUCCUGACACAGCAGGGCCUGGACGUGUGAGCUGUGUGUGACAUCACUUCCUGUCAGCUGAUUGGAGGAUAGAUGAUAUCGGUGAUGUCUCAAAGGCUGUGUGAAUUUUUAUGGAGGUGGAGCCUGAAAUGUGAAAAAUGUUAAAGAGUCGUGCCCUGAGGCUCCGCCCCCAUAAGAAGCUGUGGACAGACGAACUCAUCCAGCCUGUCUGCUGUACUCUGUGGUAGGACCUGGCUUUAAACUGUGAUGUUUAUUUCUGAGGAAAAUGGUAUUUUUGGAACAAAUAAAGCUUGAUUCUUGUGUGAAA